UUUGUUGUUUUGGCCAAAGGGUAAGUGGAUCUUUGUUCACAUAAGAGCACACCUCUCUCUAUUUCUCUCUGCACCAUCUCAAUGGUUUGAUCCUCAUGCAUAAGCCUCAAAUCAUGGGCUUUGCGAUACCUAAUCCCCAUCUCAUUAAAGAACAACUCACAAGCAUUAAAAUAAUUUACUUUCCCUCUGUUCUUUUUCCCCUCAUUGGAACCCUCAAAUCCCCUCAAAUCUCAACCUUACCUAAAAAGAACUGCACUUUGUGAGGCCAUCUUCAAGACGACCGAAGACUUUCUUCAAUCUUCCGUCACAAGGAAGGCCAUCAUUUAAGACCUAGCCAAGAACUCGGAACCGUCAUCUCUUCUGAUCUAGAAAGAUUCAUUUCCAAGGGGUGAGAAGCGAAGAUGGUGAAAGGGAAGAUUGCGAUCCGGAAGAUUAAUUGCUCGAAGAGCAGGCAAGUGACUUUCUUCAAGAGAAGGACUGGGCUACUGAAGAAGGCCAAGGAGCUCUCCAUUCUUUGCGACGCUGAAAUCGGUGUCAUCAUCUUCUCCUGCACUGGCAAGCUUUAUGAGUACGCUAGCACCAGCAUGAAUUCAGUUAUCGAACGUUAUAACAGCAGGAAGCAAGAUAAAGAGCAACAAUCUAAUACAUCUACGGAGAUCCAGUUUUUGAAAAAGGAGACGGAAAGCAUGAUGCAGCAACUGAGGUGUUUGCAGGAAUGCAACAGGCGACUGAUGGGAGAAGAGCUUUCCAAACUAAGUUUGGAGGACUUAAAAAAUUUGGAAAAUGUCUUAGAAAUGGGUUUGAAGAAUGUUCGCUCGAGGAAGGACCAGAGUUUCAUGGGAGAAAUGAGGGAGCUAAAGAGAAAACUUGACCACGUCGAACAAGAAAAUGUAGAACUGCGGAAGAAGUCGAAAGUCGUAGGCCGAGAUGAUGGAGAAUCAGAGGGCGAGUUUUCUGCAGAAACUAGUUCCAGAAAAGAAAUGAGCAAGAUGAGUGCUCAAGCGAUACCCGAUAAAGAUGACAGUCCUGAAUGUCUCCUUCUCCAAUUGACCUUGCAACCAAAGCCCUAUCUUUUGGAUGCGCAAAAAACUGCAAGUGGAUAGUGAUGGUCAUGGCUGUCGAGGAUUGUCGGAUAAGCUUCUCAUAAAAUGAAUUACGAUGAUGGUGCGCUUACUAAUAAAAGAGGAUUCAUAUGGUGUAGAAUUAUAUUUUUGCAGAUGACGGUACCUAUGGUGGAGACCCCUCAGUCCAAAAGGAGCUGAUACGUUUUAUCACACUAACAUUUCAAUAGAGCUGGCAAAAAGGCUUUGCUCUAUCAGGCAUGCAUCAGCUUUUGCCAAUUUAUCUCCAUACCCCUUCUCCACAAGAUAGCCUUCUAGCAGUUCGAGUUGACUGUAACAACAACAUCAAUGAUCAAACCUUGCCCCAUUGAAUGAGAUUGAUAAUUUUGAUCUGA